AUACGUAAAGAAGCAUCUUGUGCUAUCUAAUUCCAUUCAUAACUCGAAUUCAUUUGAAGAAGCAGGAAAUUGUUGAAGUAGAAACAUGGGUCUGCUUGGAAAAAGCUUCACUUCCAAAUUCAAAACCAUCACCACACUUGCUGUUUCUAGGAUUUUUAUCUUGAAGAACCAACACAAAGCUAGAGCCUCUUAUGCAUGGUCUGAUGUAGCUCAGCUCUUGAACCUUGGUUACCAUGAUCGUGCUCUACCUCGUGUGGAUCAAUGGAUAAUCGAACAAAACACGCUGGAUGUAUUUGCUAUGAUAGAAAUUUACUGUAAUUUCUUGAGAGAAAGAGCUGAAGUUCUUGAAAAGAACAAGGAGUGCCCCAUUGAGCUCAAGGAAGCAACAUCCAGCCUUAUCUUUGCAUCCUCAAGGUGUGGAGAUUUUCCAGAGCUGCACCAGAUACGAGAGAUUUUGACAUCAAAAUUUGGGAAAGAAUUUGCAGACCAUGCUGUUGAGUUACACAAAAAUAAUAGAGUGAACUCUAAGAUGAUACAAAAGCUUUCAAAACGGCCGGGCAUGGAAAUCAAAAUGAAAGCGCUUAAGCAAAUUGCUUCAGAAAUUGGGGUUACCUUGUGUUUGGAGCAGGACCCUACAUUGAUAAAUAUGGAUAGAUUGAAUAUUGGUGAUCCUAAGCAUAAAGAAAAUAGCCAAAACGCCCCUAUUAAUAUCCAGAAUGAGAAUUUAGCUGAUAGGAAUGAAGAAAGGAAGAGGUACAAGGAUACAACGGCCGCUACUAAAGAAGCCUUGGAAUCUGAAUCUUCUGGGAUUGAAGCCAGUAAACACUCAAAUCAUAGAGUUGUUCUUGACAAGGUGCAUGUGCAUCCCACGACGAGCUCUAGUUCUAAUCAAGAGGAUGUGAUCAUAUCAACAAGCAACCACGGUAUUGAACAGAAGGAAUGGGAAAGGAGAGAACUUAAAAAACAAUUUGCAUGGGAGGAAUCUCGUUUAAGUCAAAUUCCAAGAGAUAAUGUGACAACAUCAAAAAGAGAGUUAGUUUCCAAGGAACAUGUAGAGGAAGCAAAUGGAGAGGGUAACAUGAUUGUUGAGUUGGGCUCAAUCAAGAGCUUCCAAUUGGAUAGCAAUGAUCACAACACUCAGUCUGAUGCAUCUACAGAAAAUAAACACUUGAGUGAACAAAGAAUUGACCCUUCCUCGCACGCUAUAAGAUGGAAUCCACAGAGGUCUCAAGCUGAUCCCGCUCUAAAUCAUAUGGUAAGAAGACCUGUGAUGGUAACUACGGGUAGAACAAAUUUCCCAAAGGGGAUACAUACGCAUCAUGAACACGUGGACUGGAAGAUGAUGUCAGUGAGGACAAGAUGAGCACAAAGAUGAAGCCAAAAAAAAAAUUGUGGAAAAUUCAGAUUGUUUUUCUUUUUUAUUUAUUCCUCAUUUGUUGUUUCUUCAAGAGUGUACAAAUUGGUAAUCCUCAAAAAGUAUUAAAAAAAUGCAAUUU